AUGGUGAGCACCGGGGGUGUCAUCUUCUACCGCUUUGGUAGCGAACGCGGUAUAUGGCGUGAGCUGCAGCUGGACAGCUCAAGUGGUAUCCUGGUUUCAGAUCUGAAGAUCAUGAUUGCGCAAGAAACCAGCCUGUCUAAGGACUUCACCAGGAAAACCAAUCUCAUCGUUUGCCUGUACGACGAGAAUUCUUCGGAGGAGCCUAAACCACUCGAUGACAAUGUAGUUGUGCAUGUGGGGAGUCGUGUGCUUUUGAAUCGCAUAGCCUGGACCCCGGCGACACCCAUCUUCCACGAAGCACGCACGGAAUUUGAUGGGGAUGUUGCGGACGACAAACCGCGGUUACGCCCGUUUCCUGUAUCACUCUUAUGCAAGUUGUGUGGGUGCCCCAUGAAAGACCCCGUUUUGGUGAAGUGCUCUGCCAACUGUGGCUCGAGUGGCUGUUGUGCCUGUUUGUUGUCGCACUUCGCCGAUUCGCUCAUAAAGAACGAAGAGGGUGUGGAAACAGCUGUUUACACCCUUUCAGACCGAAGAUCGUGCCCAUUUUGCACCUACGGAUUUGUUUCAGCCUUUUUGCAGAACCGUCAAAUGGCCGCUGUGCUUUUGGAGCUCGAUUUCAGCAACUUCGACAUUCCUACGGUUGACUCCUCUACCGAUGCCGAAGUGGGAGCUGAGAGUGAGGCUGUGGUGCAGGAUAAGACUCAGGCGCCAAAGCAUUUCUUAAUAUGCGUCGACAAUGCGUUGAUAGAUUCGAUGCGGGAGCACAUGCUUCUGCCGGUGUACAUUGAUAGCGUGCUCUGCAACACGUCGGAUUCAGCCAGAGGCGGCGCAUCCGAUGCCACUAGUAGUGGUUCAAGUUCCGGCGAUACGUACGCUAUAGUGGUGUCUUACGUUGGGGGCGGUACGUCCCUCAGCCCCAUGGGAUUGAUCCGCCUGCUGGAGGAUGAUCCAACGCAGGUUGAUUUUAUAAGAGCCGCUUAUGCUCACACUGCACGGCGGUUCGAGUGGGUUCACAAUAACACAAAACCUUUGUUGGUUCCUGCACGCCGCCAACCGCUGUUUUCAUACCUGGCAGCCAAGCGCUACGCGCCGGUUGGCGCGAAUUCGCAAAACGAAGUGCUGUGGCGGCACCGCAACGACCUGAUGACUGAAGUGGGUUUAACUUUGAAGGCAUUCGAGUCGCUGUUUCAAACGGUUUUUGGGGAAGCUCCCCCACCUCUCAUCACGGAGGUUGACAACGAUGGCAAAAACUGGCUGGAGGCAGUAUACGCCGGCGGGCCUCCGCCUCUGUACAUAAACCGAAACUGCCAGGUUUUAUCGCAGGACUUAGCUACGGAUAAUGCUGAGAUUGACACCGGUAACCCGUACCUCGGGUACCUCGCGAUUCUCCCCUUCCUCAGCGAGUCCCAGUUCCUCAAAAUGCGUGAAUUGCAGCGCAAUGCGAAGGAGGAAUUCCUGCAGCAGUUCACCGCCCAGGUGGUGAAGGACCUGCCAGAGGACACAGGGAUACGCGUGCUGGAGAAGGCUUACAACAACGUGUGGAAGCGUCACGUAGAAUACGAGUUUCCACCCUCCGACGACCCUCCCGAGGCGGGGUCCUCAUAA